CUCACUCACUCGUACAUAUAUGUGCGUAACUACAUAGAAGGGAUCUUGAAGGAUCUUUCGGGAUUCGGUAGUACCCGAGGUCCGUAGUUAACGGAAACGAUAUGGAGAUAUCGUAUGGAGGCCCGGAGGGGUUCCUCUCCGUUCCUUUUCUUUUCCUUUUCUUUUAUGCGUGCCAUGCCCCUGUUGAUUUCAUGCAACCAAUCGAACAGACAGACAUGCCGCGGGAAGGGGGGGCGUCGGAGGAAGUGAGGAAGAGGACGAGGAGGACGACGAGGACGACGAGAAGGAGGCCGCGGCCAGAAUCGGCUACCUCUACCUUUGUACCCCUUCUUAGUGCCCUAUGUAUUUCCUAUUUCCCAUGCUGUGAGUACGGUGUGAGUACGGUGUGAGUACGGUGAGUCUGUGACCGGUCUUGUCAUUUUCCGUCCCGUCCCGAUAUAGUCCGUGGACUGAAAUCAUUGGUAUUAUUCUCUUGAGGAAGGAGGAGGAGGGGGGG